AUGUCUGGGGUUAGAGGAUGGAGGGAGGGCAGCAGGUACAGGGCGGCUGCUGCCCCCAGUACCCCGUUUUCCUCUCAGGGUUACCUCUGGGAUGGCAACAAUAAAACAGAGGAGGCUGAAAACCCUCAGAAGCUGACAACAUCUGAAGAGGAGCAAAGCGGCCAAGCAUCAGUCUACCAACAGCAGCAAGAGCAGUAUGUUGGCCCGUAUGUCUUGAUAACUCCAAACGAAACCAGAAGAAACCAGAUGCAGCAAAUUGCUAAGAAAGAGCUAGAUGACCUGGAGCAGUGGAAGGAAAAGCACAGGCCAGGGCCAAUUAAGUUGGUUCCACAGAGACUGGGUGGAAAGGAAUCAGAGGCUCAAGCAAGGCAAAACCAGCAAAUGAUGCUCAUGCAAUCUAAAUACCAGCAAAAGCACAAGAGAGAAGAAUAUGUAAAAGCAAAAAAGGCAGCUGAAGAAGCUGAAAUCCUGAAAAAGAAAGCAAUUCAGAGAGAAAAGGCAGAGAGACUUGAAGUUAAAAAAAGGCAACAAGAAAUGCAAAGAAGAGAGAUGUUCCUUGAAGAUCAAUAUUACAAAACCAAUGAAUUAUUGAACAGAUUGGACUUGGGUUUGCCAAAGAGUGAUUCUUGUCAGAUUGCUAAUCGUGGCCCAGAAUCUACAGCAUGGACGAGAAGCCAUACUUAUAAGCAAGCUCUUCGAGAGGAUGAAAACAGAAGAUUAGAGGAAAUGAAGCAAGAACAACGGAGGAAGGCUGAAUUAAUGGAAUUUAAACAAAAGCAGGAAGAGGAAGCCAGGACAAGAGCACGUCAAAACGAACAGAGGAGGGUAAAUAAUGCUUUCCUGGACCGACUCCAGAACAAAACGCAACAUAGUAGCAUCUACCAACCUGCAUAUUCUGGGAGUCUGGACUACCUCAGUAACGACGCCUGGGAGUCAAACUACUUGGAAUAA